AACGACGCCUCUCCGUUAAAGCUCUGGUGUCAUCCCUCCCUCAAGUAUAAUUUACUACCCCUACGCGUAUUAUUCGUAUACCACUUCCUGUUACGCGUGAAACACUUCUGUUCGUUUAGAUAGCCACGAAGAUGAAGCCAGCCUGGCUGAACGACGUUGGCAAUAUAUAUUCUGAAAGCGGGUUGACCACGUUUCAGAAAAUUCUAAUCGUGAAGACCCUGCGACCGGACUAUCUCCACACGGCUCUGUCAAAACUGGCUGCAGAAGUAUUAGGUGUCAAAGACCUGGCACCUCCACAGUGGUCCCUGAAGAAAGUAGCAGAACAGGAAGCCUUGUACCCGGUGUUAUUGCUACUAUCUCCAGGAGCCGAUCCUGGUUCAGAGUUGAGAUCGCUGGCCACCAAUCAUGUUGCAUCCGCCACUGGAUUUAUGGAAGUCUCUUUGGGUCAGGGUCAAGUUGGCCAGGCUGAACUCGCGCUGGAAAGUGCUUGCAAAAACGGUAGCUGGAUUCUCCUGAGCAACCUGCACCUGGCUCUAAACUGGUUGCCCCGAUUGGAAAGCUUUCUGCGAUCGCCCAUGUGCACGACCAAUAAGAGCCCCACUACGAGGAUAUGGUUAACCACAGAGGAGUGUGUAGGAUUCUACCCGAGCCUCGCGGGCCUCUGCUUGAAGCUCGCGUACGAACCACCGGAGGGCGUGAAGAGGAACGUGAAGAGGUCUCUCCAGCAGCUCCAGCAAAGACAGGAAAACAACGCGAACGUUCCCGGAAGCGUUUUGCUGUCCUGGCUCCACGCCACGCUUCAAGAGCGACGGAAGUUCGUCCCUCAGGGCUGGAUCAGGCCUUACGAGUGGAACGAGGCCGAUCUCGAUGCCGCCUACGAGUUGGUCGUCAAGGACAUGUCCUCGAAGAAGGAGAAGGACAAGGACGGGGUAUGGCAGACUGGCAGAGGGUUGUUGGACGUCGCUGUUUACGGUGGCAGGCUUCAAGACGACUACGACAUGCGAGCGUUGUGCUCGAUCGUUCGCGAUGUCUGGUCCUCGGCGGUGUUCGAGGGCCGCAGAAAGCUGGCUGGCGUGCUGAGGGUGUCCGAAAGAUCGUUCGAGGAUGCAGUUAAAGCUUUGGAACGUCUCCCCGAUAAUGACUCGCCUAAAGAGUGCUUUGGGCUGCCUGCGAACGCCCACAGGGCCUGGGAGAGGGGUGCAGCUGAGGCUGCCUUGUCUCAUCUGAAAGGUGUUCUGAUCAAAGUGUCUGGGAGCGAUGAAAGGAGGAAGAAAACAGAAUCCAAGAUACAGAGGGACUUGAAGGACUUGAUCGAUCGCAAUGGUUCCAUAUUUGGAGCGCCACUUACCGUGGAAAGUAAUACGAGUAGAAAUCCUUUGGAACGUUUCAUUAUCGACGAGAUGAGUUUAACUAAGAAGACUCUGAAUCUUGUUCGAGGAGACGUUGACACUCUGGACUUUGAGGAUACCAAGACUCCGAAACGUUGGAUGAAAGAGUGGCAGAGCGGGCCCAAAGACGUUUCGCUUUUCGUUAAAGGACUCAUGUCCAGGUACCAAAGUCUCGAGAUCAUGUUGUCGACGUCUUUCUCCAUAAUCGAUAUAUCACGCCUGGCCAGGCCACGUGCAUUCCUGACUGUGCUGAAGCAACACACUGCGAGAGAAACGCGACAACCCCUGGAGAAUCUUCGACUUCGCGUGAAUUGGUUGGAAAAUCGCAGGAACGAGGGGUGGAAGGUGUCAGUGAUCAUCGAAGGACUUCUAAUAUCAGGUGGAUUGAUAGAGAAUGGCACGUUGGUAGACCUGGACGCAGACGCGCCAUCAGUUGCAGCUGCACCUACCUGUCAGAUUGCAUUCUUACCCGAAAACUGCACAGAAGAGAGUUUAGCCAACAAGGCAAUGGGUGAUUCCCUGCGUAGCGAUGAUACAGACAUGUUGAACAUACCUGUUUAUGCAAAUUCGCAAAGGGACGUAUUAAUUUCAUCGCUACCUGUCAGGUGCCCCAGAGAGGAGCAAGAUGAUUGGUUACGUCGAGGGGUUGCUUUUCAUCUGAAAUUGACAUAAUUUUCCCUUUGGACACUAAUUGUAACCUGAACACUGAUUAGUACUAGAUCUUUUACAUAACCACUGAAAUAGUAUAAUAUUAUUUAUUUAUGAACAAUUAACUCUUCACUAUAUAUUUUUAUAUUGAUAAUUUAAAUAUAUUAAAAGACGACGUACUAUAAUAUUAUUCUGCUAUUUAAAAAAG